GUUGUGGCCACGAGAUGGCAUUCUCUGAGCUCCUCCCGCUAAGGAAAAGCAGAGCUUGCCAUUUUUAAUAAUAACAAUAAUAAUUAAAGGGGGGGGAAGCCACAAACCCUCCCUGGAUGUGCUGAAGGCCGUGACAAAGCGGGAUUUGUGAGGAGGCUGCUCCUGCUCCUGGCAAACAGCGGUGCUGCUUUCCCAGAGCUGCGAGGGAGACUGAGGGUCAAGUCCCUUUAAAAAAAAAAAAAAAAAGAAAUACAGUAUUGUGCAUCUUGAAAUCUGAAACCAAGAAACAGAAGUGCGAGGGAAACAAGGGGGAAAAUCUCGCAGUUCCUGCGGACAACUGUUGCAAGUGGAGUUUUAAGGAAUACAAUACACUCCAAACCUUCCGCAGGUCGUUGGAUGGCUUUUGUGGAGGAACCCGGGAAAUAAAGGAGCCUCAGAAGAAGAGAUUUCUUUUUCUCCUCCUCUCUGGAUAUAAUGGCCCUUGCAAAGCAAAGCAUCUGGAGAUUGGGCUUCCAGUGUGCCUUCCUCGCAGCUCUCACCCUCACCUGCGACGGGCACGGCGGGAGGAGAGAGAACGGAGGUCCUGCCUGCUACGGGGGCUUCGAUUUGUAUUUCAUCCUGGACAAGUCAGGCAGUGUCCUGCACCACUGGAACGAGAUCUAUCACUUCGUGGAGCACCUGGCCCGAAAGUUCAUCAGCCCUCAGCUGAGGAUGUCCUUCAUUGUGUUUUCAACCAGAGGGACAAUUCUAAUGAGGUUAACAGAAGACAGGGAGCAGAUCCGCCAGGGCCUGGAGGAGCUGCAGAAGGUGCUGCCAGGAGGGGACACGUACAUGCACGAAGGAUUUGAGAGGGCAAGUGAGCAGAUUUACCACGAGAAUGUUCACGGUUACAGGACUGCCAGUGUCAUCAUUGCAUUGACAGAUGGGGAGCUCCACGAGGAUCUGUUUUUCUACUCUGAGAGGGAGGCCAACCGCUCCAGGGACCUGGGGGCCACCGUGUACUGCGUGGGGGUGAAGGACUUCAACGAGACCCAGCUGGCCCGGAUUGCUGACAGCAGAGAUCACGUCUUCCCUGUCACCGAUGGCUUUGAGGCCCUGCAGGGCAUCAUCGACUCUAUUUUGAAGAAGUCCUGCAUAGAGAUCCUGGCAGCAGAGCCCUCCAGUAUCUGUGCAGGGGAGUCCUUCCAGGUGGUGGUCAGGGGGAACGGCUUCCGGCACGCCCGCAGCGUGGACAGGGUGCUCUGCAGCUUCAGGAUCAACGACACGCUCACCCUCAAUGAGAAGCCUUUUGUGGUGGAGGACACCUACCUGCUGUGCCCAGCACCUGUGCUCAGGGAAGUUGGCAUGGAAGCAGCUCUCCAGGUGAGCAUGAACGAUGGGCUGAGCUUCAUCUCCAGCUCUGUGAUCAUCUCCAGCACGCACUGUUCUGAUGGGACCAUCCUGGCCAUUGCCUUGCUGAUCCUCUUCCUGCUGCUGGCCUUGGCUCUGCUCUGGUGGUUCUGGCCCCUCUGCUGCACCGUGAUCAUCAAGGAGCCUCCCCCUCCUCCUGCAGAGGACAGCGAGGAGGAGGAUGAUGAUGGGCUGCCAAAGAAGAAGUGGCCAACAGUGGAUGCCUCUUACUACGGAGGGCGAGGAGUGGGCGGCAUCAAACGGAUGGAGGUGCGCUGGGGGGAGAAGGGCUCCACGGAGGAAGGUGCCAAGCUGGAGAAGGCCAAGAACGCCCGGGUGAAGAUGCCCGAGCAGGAGUACGAGUUCCCCGAGCCCAGGAGCCUGGGCAGCAGCUCCCGCCGGCCCUCGUCCCCCCGCAGGUGGUACUCCCCCAUCAAGGGCAAGCUGGACGCGCUCUGGGUGCUGCUGAGGAAGGGCUACGACCGCGUGUCCGUGAUGCGUCCCCAGCCCGGAGACAAGGGCCGCUGCAUCAACUUCACGCGGGUGAAGAACACGGAGACCCCCCCCAAGUACCCCCUGAACAACUCCUACCCCUCUGCCCCCCCCCCAGCGCCCAUCUACACCCCCCCGCCCCCCGCCCCCAUCUACACGCCCCCUCCCCCCAGCUCCCCCCACGCCCCCUCCCCCUCCUCCACGCUGCCCCCGCUGCCCCCCCCGCCCCAGGCCCCCCCCCCCCGCCGGGCGCCCCCCCCGUCCCGGCCCCCCCCCCGCCCCACGGCCUGAGGGGUCCAGGGGUCCCCCAGAGCUGUCCCGGGGCUCUGGCAGCAGCACUGUACCCCCAGCCCUGCCCUGGGGGACAGCAGCACCCCCGGCCUCUUCUGGAACCUUCUCCCCCCUGCGCCCCCCUCGAGCAGCAGCGCCACCGACUCUGGAGCCCCGGGAGAGCCCCGGGAGAGACCAGGGAGAGACCAGGGAGAGACCAGGGAGAGCCCCAGGUCCCCCCAGCUGGGCUGUGCCACCUCUGCGUCCCCUGUGCCACCACGGGCACCCUCUGCAGGGCAGGGCUGCACAGGGCUGUCAGCAGGGCAGAGCCCCAGCCACGCUCCUGGGCACACCUGGGCACACCUGGGCACACCUGGGCACACCUGGACACCUGGAGACCUGGUACAUCUGGGCAUGCCUGGCACACCUUGGUGCACCUGGACACACCUGGACACCCGGCUCACCUGGCACACCUGGACACCUGGGACGCCUGGAUGCCUGGUACACCUGGGCAUGCCUGCACACCUGGGUGCAUCUGGACAUACCUGGCCAUACCUGGCACUCCUGGGUGCACCUGGACACACCUGGAAACCCGGCACACCUGGGCACACCUGGACACCUGGCACACCUGGCAUACCCAGCCAUACCUGGACACCUGGCCAUACCUGGCACACCUGGGCUCAGCUCGACACCUGGGCUCACCUGGACACCUGGGCACACCUGGGCUCACCUGGCACACCUGGGCUCACCUGGACACCUGGGCUCAGCUGGCACACCUGGCACACCUGGGCACACCUGAGCUCACCUGGCACACCUGGGCUCACCUGGACACCCGGGCUCACCUGGCACACCUGGGCUCACCCGGGCUCACCUGGCACACCUGGGCUCACCUGGCACACCUGGCACACCUGGGCUCACCUGGCACACGUGGACACCUGGGUUUUGGGGGUUUGGGUGUUCUGUUUUCCCUUCCAGAGCAGGUAGCAGUGCCUCCCAGCCCUGGGCAGCCGCAGCAGCCUCAGCCCCUCCUGUCGCAGCCCAGCCCAGCUGGGAGCCAGGCUGCCAGGAAAUGCACUGGCUGCAUUUCUGCUGCCCCCUGCUCACCUGCAGAGCAUGCCCUGCCUCCUGCAGCCCAGGGCAGCCCCCCAGAGCCCCUCCAGCUGUCACCAAGCUCUCUGGAAGCCCCCAGGAGGGAAAUGCACCUGUGCAGCUGCAGUUCUGCCAGGAGCAGAGGGUUCCCACCUCCCUUCACACAGAAAGGCUUUGCUAAGCACUGCUGCUGGGAACACCAGUGCUGGCUUUCCCAGCAAAACACGGGGAAAGAGAGGAAAUCUCCAGCAGGAAAGGGAAUGGGGGGAGAGCCUCAGGGGACACCUGCCCUGGCCCCUCCGGGCAGGGAGAGCAGGGAAGGCCUGGCAGAGCUCCGGGUGCCAGGUGAGGGUCAGCCCUUGGUGAGACCAACCCGGGAGUCCUGAGGGGCUGGGGCUGCAGCAGCCAGGGCUGGGCUCCUCCCUUGGUCCCCUGGUCUGUCUGUGCUCCCCUGGUCACCCCUGGUCUGUCUGUGCUCCCCUGGUCACCCCUGGUCUGUCUGUCCUCCCCUGGUCACCCCUGGUCUGUCUGUGCUCCCCUGGUCACCCCUGGUCUGUCUGUCCUCCCUUGGACACCCCUGGUCUGUCUGUCCUCCCCUGGUCCCCUGGUCUGUCUGUGCUCCCCUGGUCACCCCUGGUCUGUCUGUCCUCCCCUGGUCACCCCUGGUCUGUCUGUCCUCCCUUGGUCCCCUGGUCUGUCUGUCCUCCCUUGGUCCCCUGGUCUGUCUGUGCUCCCUUGGACACCCCUGGUCUGUCUGUCCUCCCUUGGUCCCCUGGUCUGUCUGUCCUCCCCUGGUCCCUUGGUCUGUCUGUGCUCCCCUGGUCACCCCUGGUCUGUCUGUGCUCCCCUGGACACCCCUGGUCUGUCUGUCCUUCCUUGGACACCCUGGUCUGUCUGUCCUUCCUUGGACACCCCUGGUCUGUCUGUCCUCCCUUGGACACCCCUGGUCUGUCUGUGCUCCCCUGGUCUGUCUGUCCUUCCUUGGACACCCCUGGUCUGUCUGUCCUCCCUUGGACACCCCUGGUCUGUCUGUCCUCCCUUGGUCCCCUGGUCUGUCUGUGCUCCCUUGGUCACCCCUGGUCUGUCUGUCCUCCCUUGGUCACCCCUGGUCUGUCUGUCCUCCCUUGGACACCCCUGGUCUGUCUGUGCUCCCUUGGACACCCUGGUCUGUUCUGUGUGCAGGCAGCCCUGGCUCUGCUCCCCCCCUGGUCCCUCUGUUCUCUCUGCAGGUUCUGCUCCCCCUGGUCCCCUGUUCUGUUCUGUUCUGUUCUGUGUGCAGGCAGCACGGAGCAGCCCCUGAGCCCCUGUGCUGCUCCCCCACCCCCUUGUCCCAGCUCCUGCCCCCACAGGACACUGCCAGGGGCAGGGGAAGCUCAGACCCCCUCCAGCUGGGGUGGGAUCCCUCGUGGGUGGAGGGGAUCUGGGCAGGCAAAGAGCUCCUGGCUUUGGCUUGGCUUGGUUUGGUUUGGACUGCAUUGGUUUGGUUGGGUUUGGUUGGGUUUGGUCUGGUUUGGUUGGGUUUGGACUGGAUUGGUUUGGUUUGGUUUGGUUUGGUUUGGUUUGGAUUGGAUUGGUUUGGUUUGGUUGCUAUGGUUGCUAUGGUUGGGUUUGGUUGCUUUGGUCUGGUUUGGGUUGGUUUGGUUGGUAUGGUUAGGUCUGGUUUGGUUGGGUCUGGUUUGGUUGGGUUAGUUUUGGUUUUUUGGUUUGGAUUGGUUUGCUUUGGUGUGAUUUGGUCUGGUUUGGUUGGGUUGGGUUGGUCUGGUUUGGCCUGGUUUAGUUUGGGCUGGUCUGGUUUAGUUUGGGCUGGCCUGGUCUGGCCUGGUCUGGUCUGGCCUGGUCUGGUCUGGUUUGGCCUGGUCUGGUCUUGUCUGGUUUGGCCUGGUUUGGCCUGGUUUGGCCUGGUUUAGCCUGGUUUGACCUGGUUUGGCCUGGCCUGGUCUGGUUUUCUUGGUGUGGUUGGUUCCACCAGGGAAGGAGAAGACUGGGCUGGUGUAGCACAGGAUCCCUGUCCCCCACAGAUCCUCAGCAUUUCAGAAACGUUUGGGGAGGAAAUUGAUUUUCCACAAGACAGCAUCGAGACUUUUAUUUUUAUAGGUGUUGGUUAGCCAAUAAAUUGGUUAAUUAAUUGGUUAAUUAACCAAUGAACCUCCUGCUGGGGGGAAAUGUAAAAGCUGUGUAUUGUCCGUGAUGAUUUGCAGAUGUACAGAGAAAUCCUCAUUCUCCCCAAACUAAGGGGAAAACCCCAAACCCUGCAGAUUUAAGGAAGCAAAGUAAAGCCUAGAUCAGGCUAGGAAAAAUCAGAAUUUUCAAAUGCUCCCUUUGUAAUCAUCCAGUUGAAAAGAAUCUAAAACAAGCUCCAAAUUCCUGUUGUACAUAUUGUUGCUGCAUGCUUACCAUAUGUUAGAUGGAAGCAUUUCCUGUCCCUUGUGGAUAAAAGAACAUUUUUCAAGUUGUAGUAAAUUAUUAUAAAGCCAAUGACAUUUCAUGGCAUGUUAUCGUA